GAUUGAGAAGAUGGUGGACUCUUGAGUCUCCGAAUAGUUCGUUUCUUUUUAACCAAGACUUUGGAGCUUAAGACAUUAGAACUCCAACAUGAUUGGUUCAAAAGCUAUGAAAGAACUGUCGUCGCUCAAACGAGAGCUAAAAUGCUGGGAAAAUAUGUUUGAACGAACCCAUGGCCGUAAGCCCAGCAAGGAUGACAUUAACACUGGUUCAGAAGAAAUAAGAGAAUCAUAUAAAAGAUACAGAGUACUGAAAGAAUAUUUUUUCAAGAAAGAGACUGCAGAAUGUCAACAGGAUGACAGUGAUGAAGUUUUUGGCAAGAAUUUAAACAAGAAAAAAGAAGAUUUAAAGCUUUCUACGAUUCCAUUCCGUGCAAAGGAAUGGGCUGACAUUACACCUGUCAGAUUAUGUCACGGACAGAGGCCUACGAAAAAAGCUCAUGAAACACCAACAGUUGUAAGGGCUCCAGAGGGUAAUGUAGACAAGGAUGUUUUAGAAGUCAAGCAAUGUGAAAAUACAGAGAAAGAUGCAACCACAUUGAUAAAUUUCAAAAGCAGUUUGCAAGAUGUUAGAGUGGUUGAUACCUCAGAGCAUACUCUGAAGUCCUUAACAAAGAAAAGAACUGGGUCAAGUCUCCUGCUUCCUAAUCGUCAAUCAAGAAAUGUUCAAUUCAGGAAAAGGGGAGCAAUUUCUUCAGCAUGGCUUGAAAAAUGUAAACCUGAGUUGCCUUUAAAUGAAGACCAUCAAGUGUUGAGUGUCAGUGGAUUACAAGAGAAUUUUUUGGAAUUAGAAAACUCUCCCUCCAAUAUGCAAACACCCAUUGCUAAAGGAAAGGUCUUGGAUAGAGAAAACUGUACUUUUUCUAGAAAAAGUGAAAUAAAUGUUGAUGCUCUUUCUGAGAUUGGGAAUGAAACUCAUAUGAAUGUUGCAAAGCAUAGCAUUGGAAGGAAGAUAUCUCCUGGAACAGGAUUUAAGGCAUACAACAAAGGAAGUGCUCAGGAGCCUAGUAACAAAGAAAACAUUAAGACUGUUGCAUCAAAAUACAAAGAAAGGGAAAGUAAAACAUAUCUGAAUGGAACACAACAUUUGAAGGUCAGGGAUUUGCCUCAGACAUCACAGGAAAAAUGUUUGGCUGGUUCUGUAUCUGCUGCUGAUCCUUUUAAGUUGGAUCACAUGGAAAUGAAACGUGAUCCACCAGAGAGAUCUGUAGAAGCUUCCCAAGAAAUUCCAAACCAUAAAAGAAAGGCUGAUGAAAGAACCUUGAGAAACCUGGAGAAACCUCACAAGAAGUUGAGAUGUGAAAAUGAUUAUGACGAACAAGUCCAUGAAGAGGGCAAAGGUUGCAGGGGACAAAGUGAAGAUGAAGACAGGAAAGAUGUGCCAAAUACAGUAGUUGAGCAAGAGCUGCCUCUCACAACUGCUAAAGUAAAAGUGUCAUCAGGCCUUGUCAGUGACAAUUUCCAGAAGCUCAAUAUGAAGCACCGUUCCUAUCGGCGACGUGGAGGUCGUAUCAGUGGAUCUGCACACAAGAGAAGAGCAUGGAAACAGAUCAUGAAAUCACGAGGUGAGUUUGUUCCACAGAAAAGUUGGUCAAGCAGAGGACAAAGUGGAAGGGUUGGAAGAUCUGGAGCUUGUUUCAAGUGUGGACAGGAGGGUCACUGGGCUAAGAACUGCAAAGGCCCUAAGAAAUCUAAGGCAGUGCCUAAAGUGGAAAACUGUGAUCAAGAUAAUGAUAUUGAUAUGGAUGAAUUUGAGCCACUGCCCUCUAUAGAAGAAGCUGCCUUAAUGGCUGCAGGAAUUCAUAGGGAUGAUGAAGCACACGUUGAAAAUCUUGUCAUCUUACCUCAUAAACUACCAAGGCCAGUGGUCAUUCCACCCACCCCUCCCCUAGUAGUGGAGCCACUCUACCAGCCAGUGGAUGGAAAGCCUGUAGAGGUAACAAAUGAAGUGUUGUCUUCUUUGGAGAAAUUAGGAUUUUCAACAUUCCGAUCAGGACAACAGGAAGCUGUCAUGAGAAUCCUUUGCGGGCUGUCAUCACUUGUGGUGCUCUCCACUGGAGCUGGUAAAUCUCUUUGUUACCAGCUUCCUGCCUUUAUGUAUACCCAACGCUCACCAUGUUUAACACUGGUUAUUUCACCUCUUGUUUCUCUCAUGGAGGAUCAGAUUAGUGGUCUUCCUCAUGGAUUAAAAGGUGCCUGUCUUCACACAAACCUCACAAAAGCCCAACGUCAGAAGGUAGUAGAGGAUCUGUACUCUGGUAAGGUGUCCGUCUUGCUGCUCUCCCCUGAGGCCCUGGUAGGAGGGGGUUCAGGAAAUGGGUGCCUUCCUUCUGUUUCACAGCUACCACAGAUUGCUUUUGCUUGUAUAGAUGAAGCUCACUGUGUUUCCGAGUGGUCGCACAACUUUCGACCCUCUUACCUUAGAGUUUGCAAGGUCCUUCGGGAGAAGUUUGGCGUGCGUUGUUUUCUAGGAUUGACAGCCACUGCCACACGUGCAACAGCUGCUUCGGUCGCUGAGCACCUGGGGAUUGUACAUGAUCCCGAGGCUGUGAUCAGAGGUGGAGCUGUACCACCUAACUUGUUCUUAUCUGUGUCAUGUGAUAGUAAUAAGCAGCAGGCAUUGUUGCAGUUGCUUCAAGGUCGGCGCUUCUCACAAUGCGAUUCAAUUAUAAUCUACUGCACCAGAAGAGAACAGACUGAGAAGCUGGCUUCGACCCUACGCACGUGCUUACAGAGCACCAGGCUGGCGUCAGGUUGGAACGGCCAGGAAGAAUUAGUGGACGUGGAAGAGAAGCCUGGGGAGACUAAAAAGAAAUCCGAAGGGAAAGGAAAGAAGAAGACAGCCAAAGCCGCUGUUCCCAAAUGGGAUGCCGAAUGCUACCAUGCCGGGCUGUCUGCCGCCCAAAGACGUCGUGUUCAGAAGCGCUUCAUGACAGGUCAGCUGCGCAUUGUGGUGGCGACUGUAGCAUUUGGCAUGGGUCUAGAUAAAUCAGAUGUUCGAGCUAUUAUCCAUUACAACUUACCGCGCAGCUUUGAGAGUUAUGUGCAGGAGAUUGGCCGUGCGGGACGGGACGGGAAUCCCUCGCACUGUCACGUAUUUCUGGAUCCCGAGGGUAAAGACAUGUGUGAACUUCGUCGGCACGUUUAUGCCAACACAGUGGACCGCUCUUCUCUUAAGAAGCUGGUCCAACGGACAUUUCCACGUUGUGAGUGUAGAGAACUUCAGAAACAACAACGGCAACAGGCAAGCGCGAAGUCCACAGAAUUUGCUGGCAACAAUCUUCAUUCAGCUGAGCAUGUGAAUACUCAUCGCGUAUGUGGCGGUCACUCUGUUGCUAUGGUGACAGACGUCGUCGUUCAAGAGCUCGACCUCCGUGAAGAAAGCAUUGCUACUUUACUCUGCUACUUGGAGUUGCAUCCUUGCCGCUGGCUAGAAGUACUGCAGCCAGUCAAAUCAACCUGCACGGUGAAGUUUUACGGUGGUUAUGCGCAGUUGAGGGAAGUGGCAAGGAAAAUUCCACCAAUUGCUGCUGCCGUGUCGCACACCAGUACAACGCCUGCUAGUUUUAAAAAAUCAGGAACAUUAACUUUCCCAGUGGUAGAGUUGGCUGACAAGAUGGGCUGGGACCUAGCGCCAGUUUGCCGUGAAUUGAGAGCACUUCAGUGGAACACAUCAUUGUCAGGCGAUAAUUCUCUCUCAAACAUGGGGCAAUCAGGGAUCUUAGUGGAGUUCUCGGAUCUGUCCAUACAUGUUAGAGCGCCUGGGGACCUCUCGGACGCAGAGCGUGACAGUAUUUGUGACUUCCUCGAGGAUCGCAUUCUGGCCGAAGAAAGAACUCAACUGCACCAGCUCCAGUUCGUCUAUGACUCACUUAAAAGCGUUUCGUUCUCGGAGUUUUGGCAAUGCGCUGACGCUGUAGACGAGGAAGCUGAUAACCAACUCAAACGAAUUGUCAAAAGCUAUUUUAAGGAUUGCAACAACAAAACAAAGGAGGAACUUGCAACUUUGGCAGAAGCCAGAAAAGCCUCUAGGGUUGUCCCCUCCAGUAUCAAGCGUAAUGAUCACGUGAAUUGGGACGGUAUUGCACGGGAUAUCAGAGCCUUACUUGGGGUCCAUCACGAUCACUCGUUUACAGGUCGUGCUGUUGCGCGAAUAUUUCACGGUAUUGAUAGUCCGUGUUAUCCAGCGGAGGUGUGGGGUCGUGAUCGCCGUUUUUGGAGAAAACAUUUGGACGUUGAGUUUAACAGUCUGCGAAAGUUUGCCACUCAAGAACUUGUUAGGUUCAGAUGAGAUAGGAAUCUUGAUUAACGAAAUAUUGCUGCACAGGAAUAUGAAAUACUUCCCAAUCAAUGCUACAUUUAUUUUUUUUUAACAAGGAUUCAAUUUUUCAUGUAUUGAUGUUAAGAAAGCGUUGGAAAACGUACCUUCGUUUUUAGCAGUCGAAGCCAUUACUACGCAAACAAAAAAUAUACUCCAGCAAAUAAAAAAUAUACAGCAGCAAAUGAAA